UCUCCUGCGUCAGUGACGUAGGCGGCGUCGCAUGAAAACACAGCGGACAACUCCGCAUUGGAGUUUGAGGAGUCACGGCAGAGACGGUGGAGUUGACGCCGUCAGCGAAGAUGACAGUUUGCAACUUUUUUCUUCAGGGACGUUGUCGUUACGGCGAUAAAUGUUGGAAUGAGCACCCGAGAGGAGGAAACAGAGGAGGAGGAGGAGGACAUAGCAGCAACUACAGCCGCGGGUCUGGUCAGCAACAGCAGCCCAGAGGAGGAGGAGGAGGAGGGGGCUUUGGAAACCGAGUUUGGGUGAAUCCCAAUCAGCAAAAGGGAGGCUACAUCCAACCCUCGUCGUUUUCCUCUCAUGGAGGUAGUGAGUGGAGCAGAGGGGGUGGAGGAGAGGCAAACUGGGGUCGCGGAGAAGGAGGAGGUGGGGGCAGUGACUGGAAUCGAGGAGGUGGGGGGAGUGACUGGAAUCGAGGAGGUGGGGGGAGGAGGGAUAACGUGAGGAGCGCUGAUUUCAACUUCGGAGCUCAAAACAGGUUUUCAGCGCUUGAUUCUCCCAGUGCUUUUGACAGAGGGGGGAGGCGAGGGGACGUGGCAGCAGCCGGUGAGGAGGACGAUGACAAAAGCCUGGAGAUCAUUCAGGCUGACAUGGAGUCUUGGGAAAGUUCAGGCCAGUGGGUCUUCUCGUGUUAUUCAAAAUCCAAGGCAUCUUUAUCCGGUUUCACUGAUCUCUCUCCUGAAGAACUCAGACUGGAGUACUGCUCUGCACAAGCUUCAGGAGACCUGCAGAGUUAUCUCAGUGGUGUCAACCAGUUGCUCAACCAGUGGAGAAACAGAAUCCAGGAACUGAAGGUUAUGACUCCAGCUACUCGUGCUGCCUUGCUGGCAGAAUUAAAUAACCCAGCACCUCAGACAUCUUCAAGCAGCUUUGGAUUAAAUACUGCAACUGGAUUUGGAUCUUCUGCAUCUGCUUUUGGAAGCAAAGGCUUUGGCGCUUCAGCACCAGUGCAGGCCAAUAGUUUCAGCUUCGCUGCUCCUACUGGGGGAUUUGGGUCCCCGGCUGCAACAGGUUUCGGCAGUGCCAUAACAGCACCCACACAACCUCCCUCUGGAUUUGGUUCUUCUUCUGCUGUCACGUCUGCUCUAUCGGCUUCAACCUUUUCCUUCGCUGCCCCGUCCUCUGACAAGCCGGCCGCAAGUACAGGAUUCGGUUCUGCCUCAGGGUUCAGCUUCUCAUCUGCAGCAAACGCGGGAGGAGGAUUCGGUAGUGGUUUCGGGACGGAAGCACCUGCAGUCUCAGGAAGCAACAAUGUUCAAACAAGUGGAGGAUUUGGGGCAAGCGCUGGUCCAGCUGCAGCAGGAGGCGUGGUAGCAGAUAGUCUGUUCUCCUCUGAGAGUGCACUGACACCAGAAGAACUGAAUCAGUUCAAGGCCAAGAGGUUCACUCUUGGUCAGAUUCCUUUAAAACCUCCUCCGAAUGGCUUGUUGGUCCUAUAAUCAAUAGGGACAUUCAUCAUCCUUUUUUAAAAUGGACAUGGUGAAUGUACAUUUGUUUUCUAUACAGGUUAGUUUGAUCGCGUAAAUGAUGAUAGCGCUGAUAUGCUUUUGUUCCUGAAAACCUACUUUCUAGUUAUUAUAGUUUGCAAUGCUCUGAAACAGGUGUUGUUGAUAUUUUAUGUCCCUAUAUAUAUAUAUAUAUAUAUAUAUAUAUAUAUAUAUAUAUAUAUAUAUAUAUAUAUAUAUAUAUAUAUAUAUAUAUAUAUUUACAAGCUAUUCUGUAUAUAGACAACUUUUUUGUCUAUGGAUUUCACUGAAUGCUUCAUGUAGAGUACAGUAGAAUUUGUACCUAGCUGCAAAAUGUAAGCACACAAGGUUUUAAAAAAGGUUUCAUACAACCCAGUAACAUUUUUUGUUCUUUUCUAUAAGUAGAUGAAGGUUGCUCAGAUUGUGUAUUUUUCUUUAUUUAAAUUGUAAUAUGGUCUAAUGUUGAAACAUCUGAAGCCAAAACACCAGCUUUUAGGCCAGAUGACGAUGUGUGAGUAGGCUAUUGUAUUAGUUAAGUGUUGAGCACAGAGGGGUCCGCAGUAGGAGUAAAACGGUAACGGUGAGGCAGUUACUACUGUUCUGCUGCAGGAGCUUUGUUUCUGCUGACGGCAGCAUAUUUCCAGCUUACAGAGGUUUAUGUGAUAUCAGCAAAAGGUGAAAGUGAGCCAUGUGAGUUUCAUCCCAUCCAUGGCCUUAGGUCUUAGAAAUAAUGCAUAGAGCAACAGCAUACUGUGCAACAUGAAGUAGUAUUUUUCUCUGCCACAUCAGUCUGUCAGCAGUAAUGUCCCACCCAGACCCCCAGCACCACAUAAGACAUUAAUAAUUCAACAGAUUAAAGUGUUUGAAAUGCCGACUAGCUUAUGAAAUGGAACUUGUUUAAAUAGUCAUCCUGAUUCUUCAAUAUGCCUGAGAAAUAUGGGGAUUUAUGAGUCCUGGUUUGCCCAGAAGCAAAUAUGCAGAUCUCAUCAGUAAGUGCUGUAGCAUCACAUUACCAGCCUGCCUGAGUUUAUGUAAUGAUGUAAUGUCUGAGCAGAGGGGAUCAGAGGAAUAUGAAAAAUGAGGGACGAUCCCUGUACAGACGUUUAAUAAAAACAUUUUAUCGUUUUGAGCAGUUGCUAAAUAAAAGAUGAUUAAAUCUCA